CAAGAAAACCGAACUCACUCGGCCACUUGACUGUCACCUUCUGCAGACUUCCGAGCAUCGGAGCUCUGCGACUACGGACGGACGGCGUUGUUUUCAUUCCUUAUCACCUGCUAAUCUCUUCCUACUCUUUGUCGAUUCCGCGAGAUCUUUGUCUUGGCGGUUCUUCGCUCAUUUGUUACAAUGACUCGAGUUUAUAUUGGUAAUCUGGAUCCACGCGUUACGGAGAGGGAUCUCGAAGAUGAAUUUCGAAUGUUCGGUGUUCUUAGGAGUGUUUGGGUUGCUAGAAGGCCUCCAGGAUAUGCGUUUAUUGAGUUUGAUGAUCGCAGGGAUGCUCUAGAUGCAAUACAAGCAUUAGAUGGAAAAAAUGGUUGGCGUGUGGAGCUUUCUCACAACUCUAAAGGUGGUGGAGGAGGUGGUGGUCGUCGUGGCCGUGGUGGUGGUGGUGGUGGUGGUGGUGGUGGUGAUGAUUUGAAAUGUUAUGAAUGUGGUGAGCCUGGACAUUUUGCUCGUGAAUGCCGUUCACGUGGGGGCUCACGAGGUGUUGGAGGUGGUCUGCGUCGUAGUCCUUCUCCUCGGCGUCGUCGGAGUCCAAGCUAUGAAAGAUAUGGCCGCAGGAGUAACAGUCCUCGUGGUAAAAGAUCCCCACGACGUCGCAGCAUUACACCUCCUAAGCGUGGUCGUAGCUACAGCAGAUCUCCUCCAUACCGUCAUGCUCGUCGUGCUUCACCUUAUGCUAAUGGAGAUUGAUGCUGGAAUCAAGGCUGGAUGCUGUGCUGGUAGAACUUAGAUGAUGGUGUUUCUGCUAUACUGUAGUUCUAAUAGGGAAUUGUGGAGUGAACCGGAAUCAUGUAGUUAAGUUCGUCUGACAAUUGGUUCUCUUUGAAACCUGGAUUUGGAUGGGUGUCUACGAAGUGUUUUAAGCCAUGAAAUGGGGUUCUGUCUGGCACCAUUUUGUUGUUGGCUCUCUUCCGCCCCCUCGCUGAAACUCGGAGGUUUCUUUCUUGCUUUCAAAAUUAUAUCUACUACCUAGAGUUCUUAUAUAUAACCUUUCUGUCUAUUUAUCAAUAUUUCUUUUUCAUUGGACGAUCCUAAAGAUUUAUCUGUUGGCUGUUUUUUUUUUCUUUCAUGUUCUUUUGAGGUGUGAUUUUCGGCUAAUAUGGCAUCUUAGUGCUUCACUACGGUUCUCAAUAUCUGCUCUGCUCCUCAAUCAUCUUCUUGUUUCUACAACUGGUUGCAUGCUGUUUGUAUUGCACUCUUCUGCAAGAAGGCUGCCUAUAUUGUUAAAUCCUCUUUUUAGGUGGUUGAAGAAGAUGAAGCUGUUUUUAUGUGAUUUUCUGCUCAUCAUCUUCUCUCUCGCCUAUCAACGUUUUACGAGCUCCUUCUAUUACAUUGCACGAAACUAUCGUGAGAGAUUCUACUCGUUUUAUAGCUUCGGCAUCUUGUGAGCUUCACAACUUGUUUAUUGCACUCCCCAACUCUUCUGCCCCUGCUCCACCAACCUACCUUUCACUAUAGUAAUGCUUCCUUCAAUCACACUUCUCCUUAGGUUAGACCACCGCCACUGUUGUCUUCUUCUCAUUAGUUUGUGGUGGCUGCUUAUUUAUAUAUUCUCUGAUUGUUUCUUGUUUGUUCUUUGCAUAGAGAAAUAUACAUUUGAGACCCCAUUUUUAAUUAGAGAUUCCUCAUUAUUUGGUUUUA